UUCGGGGUGGGUGGGACUGAAGGACCGGACUAACUUGACAGCAGCAUCCCAUUUUUAGCUAGUCACCGGCCCCUUCCCCAGAAUGCCUGUGUGUCUGUAGCCUCUAAAGAGAGGUGCUUCUGCCGGAGCCCUGAGAGGGCCACGGAGCUCCCAAAAACUGGGGAGGAGACGCACCAGCCAUGUGCCCCUGCGGGAGUUUGCCAGGGAGCCAGGGGCCUGGAGUCCCCUCUCUCCUGCUGCUCCGGAGGCAGAGGUGAGCACCGGGCAGCCGGCUCCAACCAAAGGUGCCGGAACCCCGCCUGUCAUGGUGGCCGUCUGCAGCCAGCCUGAGGCACUCCCAGACGGGUUUGCAGCUGAGCCUGCUUCUCUGGUGUGGGAAGAAGAUGGGGAGUUACUUGUCUGUCCCGGCUUACUUCACCUCCAGAGACCCCUUUAGGUGUUCAGAGUGCCAGGAGUCGCUCACCAACUGGUACUAUGAGAAGGAUGGGAAACUCUACUGCCACAAGGACUACUGGGCCAAGUUUGGCGAGUUCUGCCAUGGGUGCUCCCUGCUAAUGACAGGACCUGCCAUGGUGGCUGGGGAGUUUAAAUACCACCCAGAGUGCUUUGCCUGCAUGAGCUGCAAGGUGAUCAUUGAGGAUGGGGAUGCGUAUGCCCUGGUGCAGCACGCUACACUCUAUUGUGGGAAGUGCCACAACGAGGUGGUGCUGGCACCCAUGUUUGAAAGGCUAUCUACGGAGUCUGUCCAGGACCAGCUGCCCUACUCCGUCACACUCAUCUCCAUGCCGGCCACCUCCGAGUGUAGACGUGGCUUCUCCGUGUCCGUGGAAAGUGCCUCUUCUAACUAUGCCACUACCGUGCAAGUGAAAGAGGUCAACCGGAUGCACAUCAGUCCCAACAACCGCAAUGCCAUCCACCCUGGGGACCGCAUCCUGGAGAUCAAUGGGACCCCUGUGCGCACUCUCCGAGUAGAGGAGGUAGAGGAUGCGAUUAACCAGACAAGCCAGACACUUCAGCUGCUGAUUGAACAUGACCCUGUCCCCCAGCGCCUGGACCAGUUGCAGCUAGAUACCCGGCUUUCUCCCCACAUUCAGAGUACUGGACACCCUCUCACUCUCAGCACCCUGGACACCAAGGAGAAUCAGGAGGGGACACUAAGGAGACGCUCUCUGAGGCGCAGUAACAGCAUCUCCAAGUCUCCUGGCCCCAGCUCGCCCAAGGAGCCCCUGCUCCUCAGCAGAGACAUCAGCCGCUCGGAAUCCCUCCGCUGCUCCAGCAGCUACUCACAGCAGAUCUUCCGGCCCUGCGACCUGAUCCAUGGGGAGGUCCUAGGGAAGGGCUUCUUUGGGCAGGCCAUUAAGGUGACUCACAAAGCCACAGGCAAAGUGAUGGUCAUGAAGGAGCUAAUUCGCUGUGACGAGGAAACCCAGAAGACUUUCCUGACUGAGGUGAAAGUGAUGCGAAGCCUAGACCACCCUAAUGUGCUCAAGUUCAUCGGCGUUCUGUACAAGGACAAGAAGCUGAAUCUGCUGACAGAGUACAUUGAGGGGGGUACUCUGAAGGACUUUCUGCGAAGUGUGGACCCGUUCCCCUGGCAACAGAAGGUCAGGUUUGCCAAAGGCAUCUCCUCUGGAAUGGCGUAUCUGCACUCCAUGUGCAUCAUCCACCGGGACCUGAACUCACACAAUUGUCUCAUCAAGUUGGACAAGACUGUGGUGGUAGCAGACUUUGGACUAUCACGUCUUAUAGUAGAAGAGAGGAAAAGGCCCCCAGUAGAGAAGGCGGCCACCAAGAAGCGCACCCUACGCAAGAGUGACCGCAAGAAGCGCUACACUGUGGUGGGAAACCCCUACUGGAUGGCCCCGGAGAUGCUGAACGGCAAGAGCUAUGAUGAGACAGUGGAUGUCUUCUCUUUUGGGAUUGUUCUCUGUGAGAUCAUUGGGCAGGUGUACGCUGAUCCUGAUUGCCUGCCCCGCACACUGGACUUCGGCCUCAAUGUAAAGCUUUUCUGGGAGAAGUUUGUCCCGACAGACUGCCCCCCAGCCUUCUUCCCCCUGGCUGCUAUCUGCUGCAAACUGGAGCCUGAGAGCAGACCAGCAUUCUCAAAGCUGGAGGACUCCUUCGAGGCCCUCUCCCUGUACCUGGGAGAGCUGGCCAUCCCACUGCCAGCAGAGCUCGAAGAACUGGACCACACUGUGAGCGUGGAAUACGGCCUAAGCCGGGACUCGCCACCCUAGCCCUGGUCCAUCCCCCUGCAGGGGGACGGACAUCCCACGGCCAGCACUGCCCCCUCUGCACCUUGUCCUUGCUAUGAGCAGGACUGCCUGGGCUUCCUGUGGACUGAGGGCUUAGCUAGAAGCAGAAUAAGCCAUCCCUACUACCUCCCCAGGAGGCACUUGGGUGCAAGGAAACAGUUCCCGCAGGCUUCGGGGGCCUAGUUACUGUCUGUAAUCCAACACUCGCCUGAAAGCUGUGAAGAAGAUAAAAGAGCCUGGAUUCUAGA